AUGGCAACCAGAGGUCCUAUGCCGCCUCCGGGCCCUAUCGGGGAGCACUGUGUCAGCCGGGUCACUCGCGGCGGCAAGUUGCUUACCUACCGACUGGUUGUGGUGCAAGAACCACACCGUGCAAGGGCUUGCGGUGCCGGUGCUAAAUCGUCUGCGGACCGUCGUCCUGUCGACCCGCCCCCGGUUGUCGAGCUGCGUAUCUUCGAGUCGGACCCCCACGAUGAGCACAACAAGACCGAUAUCACGUUCGCCUACAAUGCCAAUUUCUUCCUUUUUGCUACAUUGGAGAGCGCACGCCCGGUGGCACACCCAAGGGUCGCCCCUCCUCCCCAGUCCUGUCCGGUAUUGACGGGGGUGCCCGUAGCGGGAGUGGCUUAUCUGGACCGUCCGCACCAGGCUGGGUAUUUCAUCUUCCCCGACCUAUCGGUGCGGCACGAGGGUCACUACCACCUGAAUUUCCAUUUUUAUGAGGAGACCAAAGAUAGCAAAGAUAUGAGCGAGGGCGCCCCGGCGGGCCAAGUACCCGCCCCCAACCCCAGCACUAUUCCGUCCAAGCCGGCCCCUCCCCAGUCCGCGCUUGACUUCCGGCUGGCCGUUCUCUCUCACCAGUUCAGCGUUUACAGCGCAAAGAAAUUCCCCGGGCUCACCAUGAGCACCUCUCUGAGCCGCGUCAUCGCGGAGCAAGGCUGCCGGGUCCGGAUUCGCCGUGACGUCCGGAUGAGGCGCCGUGGCGAUAAACGAUCGGACGACUUUAACUACGAGGAGCAAGACGCCUAUCGAUCAUCGGACCGAUUUCCCUCGUCGGAUGCCUACGCCCGGAACGCCGCGGAUCGCGACCGCUCGGCCAGCAUCAGUACGACCGACCUGUCGUACCCCUAUGGCCCCGAUGCGCAACGGCGGCAGUCGACCGCGGAGUAUGGUUAUCCGGCCGCCCAGCCUUAUCAACGACCCAUGCCCCCGGCCCCGGCACCCGGCGUACCGGGUCCGACCGCCGCCGUCGCCCCUGUUGCGGCCGCUCCGCCUCCACCCCAAGCGGCUGCUUCGCACCCGUCGUCACACCUUGCCUUCGGCUCGACGCAAUCUCAGUAUAUGGCCCCCCAGCCACCCCAAUCCGCUCCCGUUACGACCCCGUCCGCCACCUAUUCUCCCCAUCCGCCAUCGUCUCAUCACCGGACUCCUUCGACGGGUACCGAGUAUGACUCGAUGAGAGCCGCUCCCCCCUCGGAGCCCCGCCAGACUACGGGAGACGACCGGGAGCAAUUUAGGCUGCCUCCGAUUCACCUGGCGUUUCCCAAACCGUUGGAUACGGUACCCGCGAAUGAAUCGCGGUCUUCUGAUCCGAGUACUUAUCGGCCUACGGCCCCGCCUGCGUCUCGUCCUCUGGCUCCUCCCUUGCAUUCGCUUCCGCCUUUGAGGACCCUUGAGAGGUCACUCCCCGAGUUCCAGCCUCCCAGCGGGUUUGCGCAGAACCAAUCUGCCGAGAUGACUCCGACGAAGAAGACCCUGUGGGACACCGCGCCCACGUUGACCAAGCGGACGCACGCGGAGACGUUCGGUCACGAUGAUCGUCCAUUGUACAAUGGAAUGCGGCCCGACACCGAAUCGUACCCUGUGGGACAACGGAAAGCCUCGGAAGACAGCACCCGGGAGGCAUUUCACCCCAGUCCUCGGGAUGAAAUGGAAUAUAAGCGAGCGAACGGGCGGAUGGCCUCGAAGCCAACUCCUGCCAUGCUGUAG